UGAGUUCUCGUCUUGUCAUUAUUCGAUGUUGAUUUGUUGGUUCUGAGAGCAAGAGCCAAACAAACGUUCGAUUGCUACAAAACAACUUGUUUCGCCGAACGCAGCAAAUAGAGCGACAGAAAUCCCCUCUUUCUCUCUCUCUCUCUCUCUCUCACAUCAUCUUUGUGUCAUGAUGAGCGGCAAACUCACAGGCAAGCCGAUCAGCUGAUCAUGUUUCGUGCAAUGUUGAUUUGUCGAAAGUACAAGCGGUACUACGUCUUUUGUUUACUUAUUUCAAUUUGUGAACAAUUUAAUUUACGUUCGUAAGCACAACGAAUCAGCACCAAUGCAGAAAGAACGAAAGACGAAAAUGGAAGCAACAUCCAGCUCCGCGUCGAGCACUCAGAGUAACGCACGUGGCGAGCGAAAAAGCACACGAGGCUCGAGGCAGAAAGCCGUGGACAAUCUGAGCAAAAAAUUUCUGAGAAACUUCGAUCCGGAGCACAGCGAAAGAGAGAAACGCAAGUUGUAUCGUCGAUUGUAUCACACCAACAGGAAGCACUUGCACGACGAAAAGGGUUACUUCGCGCAAACGGGGGAUGAUCUCUGCGACUGUCUGAACUUGGAUUGUUCCGGAUGCCACGUUCCGUGUCCCAAGUGCUCUUCUCCGAAAUGCGGUCAUGAAUGCAGAAAUAAUCGCAAAUGGACCUAUGACAGCAUUCAGUGCGAAGGCAUUGAUGCCACUGUCAAAAACCCACUAAUGAAAUCAUCGGAGAAGUGAGAAAAAGUGUAAUUAAUUAUUACACCGGUGUGUAUAAUAAUAUUAAUCGAUAAGAUUAAUUAUUGAUGUUAAACGUGUAAGUAUUUAUGUGCAUUUUCAAGGAUAUUGCAGAAUUCUUCUCGUUAUUUAUUUUGUACGAUAUAUUUAUACAAGAAAACAACAUAAAAAAACAAUGACC